AAAAAAAAAAAGGUAAACAACGUGUUUAAUAUCAUUUUCUUUCAUUGAAAUAAAUAAUUAUGUGUUUUAUAGUUUUUAUAAAAUAACAUUUAAAAGUAGUUUAUAACAUUUAAUAAUUGAUUAUCGCAUUUUGUUUAAUAUCAUUUUCCUAUAUAUAAAUAUUAUUUUUAAUUUUUGUUUUAAAAAUGAAUAAAAUAUUAUUUUCUCCUAUUAAAGAAGUGAGUAAAAAAAUAAAUACAGGUGAAAUAAAUCCAUCAGAUAUUUUAAAUUCUUCGCUAAAAUUAAUAGAUUCUGUUAAAUCAUUGAAUGCCUACAUUAGCCUAACCUCAAAAUUGGAUGAGAAUAAAGAAUUUGGAAAUAAUCAACAAAAUGAAAAAUUGAAAAAUAAAGAUAUUUCAAAUGAUCUUUAUGGAAUACCAAUUGCAAUAAAAGAUAAUUUUUGUACUCAAGAUCAUUUAACAACAUGUGGUUCUUUAAUGUUGGCGAAUUUUAUACCGGGUUAUGAUGCCACUGUGUGUAGCCGGUUAAAAAAAUCGGGGGCAAUUUUAAUAGGAAAAACAAAUUUAGAUCAAUUUGCCAUGGGAUGUGGAACUGUUGAUUCAUUUUUUGGACCUACAAAAAAUAUUUGGGGAUGUGAAUUAAUGGAACAUUAUUUUUGUGAAAAGAGAGAAAUAUCGAAAGAAAAAAAAAAUUCUUCCUCCAAUGAAGACGAUUGGCACAUUGCAGGAGGUAGCAGUGGUGGUUCAGCAGUGGCAGUAGCUUCGGGAACAUGUUACGCUGCCUUAGGAUCUGACUCCGGUGGCUCAACUCGAAAUCCAGCUGCGUACUGUGGAUUAAUUGGACUGAAGCCCACAUAUGGAUUAGUAUCUCGUCACGGAUUGAUACCCUUAGUUAAUUCUAUGGAUGUUCCCGGUAUUCUCACAAGACACGUGGACGACGCAUUAAUUGUUCUUAAUGCAAUAGCUGGACCAGAUUCUGCGGACUCUACAACUCUAAAGAGAGAAUAUCAGCCAAUUUCAUUGCCAGAAAACAUUGAUGUAAGUGGACUUCGAAUUGGAAUUCCAAAAGAAUAUCAAUUAAAAAAUCUCAGCAAUGAGGUAAAUGAGUGUUGGCAAAAUGUUGCACGAAUUUUAGAGGAAGCUGGCGCCAAAAUUAUUUCAGUCUCUCUUCCUCAUACUGAAUUUUCUAUUGUUUGUUAUUCGGUUUUGAAUAAAUGUGAAGUCGCAAGUAAUAUGGCACGUUAUGAUGGUAUUGAAUUUGGAUAUCGAGCGAAUGAGACAUUUUCCACAGAGGAAUUAUUUGCUAAGACAAGAAGUACAGGAUUUAAUGAUGUCGUCAAAAGUCGAAUUUUAGCUGGCAAUUAUUUUUUACUCUCGGAAAAUUAUGAAAAUUACUUUGUCAAAGCAAUGAAAGUUCGAAGAUUAAUUGCUGAGGAUUUUAAUGCUUUAUGGAAUAUGGAAAUUGAUCUUUUAUUAACACCUACCACUUUAUCGGAUGCUCCGAUGUAUAGAGAUUUUAUAAAAGCUGAUAAUCAAACACAAUGCUCGAUGCAAGAUUAUUUUACUCAACCAGCAAAUAUGGCCGGUUUACCAGCUAUUAAUAUUCCUGUUUCUAUUUCGAAGAAGGGAUUACCCUUAAGUUUACAAUUAAUGGCUGCAAAUCUUGAGGAACGUAAACUUCUAACAGUUGCAAAAUGGAUUGAAGAAAGUGUUCAAUUUCCUAAACUUACUCUUCGUGAUAUGAGUUUAUGUUGAAAUAAAAUAUACGAUCAUAAAAAUGUAAUUUGUAAAUAAAUUGUACAUAAAAAUUCA